AAAAAAAGUUGCAUUGAUUAGAAUGUAAAAAAUGGCAGUGGCGUAGAAGCUGUAAUCCUCUAAAAAAAUAAUUUGGUAUAGGUUUAGGUACCUAAUUAACUGUAUGUUGUAGGAUGGUAAUCGAUAAAAAAAAGAGUUACAAGCACGACAAGUCCAUGCAAAUGCGUUUUUCGAGGUCGAUUUAAAAUUACAUCUGCAUUUUCCACAACAAUCGCAACGACCGAAGGCGUCCGAUUCGGCCCGAACGCGGCGACGUCGCUGUGAAUCCCGACAGUGCGCGGCAAACUUCACUCAAAAUCGCGUCUUCAAAUUCAAAGUUUCCAAAUUUCCAAAUCCUUUCGUCAAGAAAAAAAUGGUGAAAGUACCGGCGAUCGGCAUCGACCUGGGCACCACGUACUCCUGCGUGGGCGUCUGGCAGGGCGGCAAAGUGGAGAUCAUCGCCAACGACCAGGGCAACCGGACGACGCCGAGCUACGUCGCCUUCACCGACACCGAGCGGCUGAUCGGCGACGCCGCCAAGAACCAGGUCGCCAUGAACCCCAGCAACACCGUCUUCGACGCCAAGCGGCUGAUCGGCCGGCGAUUCGACGACCCCAAGAUACAGCAGGACUUCAAGCACUGGCCCUUCAAAGUCGUCAACGACAACGGCAAGCCCAAGAUCCAAGUGCACUUCAAAGGCGACACCAAGAGGUUCGCUCCGGAGGAGAUCAGCUCGAUGGUGUUGACCAAGAUGAAGGAGGUGGCGGCGGCGUAUUUGGGUAAGGAAAUCAAAGACGCCGUCAUUACCGUUCCCGCUUAUUUCAACGACUCCCAGAGACAGGCCACCAAAGACGCCGGCACCAUUGCAGGUAUCAACGUGAUGCGAAUCAUCAACGAGCCGACGGCGGCGGCGCUCGCCUACGGCCUCGACAAGAACCUGAAGGGCGAGCGCAACGUGCUGAUAUUCGAUUUGGGCGGCGGCACCUUCGACGUGUCGGUGCUGACCAUCGACGAGGGGUCGCUGUUCGAGGUGAAAUCGACGGCGGGCGAUACGCACCUCGGCGGCGAGGACUUCGACAACCGCCUGGUGAACUACUUCGUCGACGAGUUCAAGAGGAAGUUCAACAAGGACAUGUCGAAGAACCCGCGCGCGCUGCGCCGCCUCCGGACCGCCGCCGAAAGAGCGAAACGUACGCUGAGCUCGAGCACGGAGGCUUCGUUGGAGAUCGACGCGCUGUUCGAAGGCAUCGAUUUCUAUUCGAAGAUAUCGCGCGCGCGCUUCGAGGAGCUCAACUCGGACCUGUUCAAAGGCACCCUCCAACCGGUGGAGAAGGCCCUCAACGACGCCAAAAUCUCCAAGAGUCAAAUACACGACGUCGUCCUGGUGGGCGGCUCCACCAGGAUACCCAAGAUCCAGACGCUCCUGCAGAACUACUUCAACGGCAAGACGCUGAAUCUCAGCAUCAACCCCGACGAAGCGGUGGCCUACGGAGCGGCCGUCCAAGCGGCCAUUUUGAGCGGCGACAGCAGCUCGAAGAUCCAGGACGUGCUGCUCGUCGACGUCACGCCGCUGUCGUUGGGCAUCGAGACGGCCGGCGGCGUCAUGUCGAAAAUCAUCGAUCGAAACUCCAGGAUACCGUGCAAGCAAACGCAAACCUUCACCACCUACUCGGACAACCAGCCCGCCGUCACCAUACAGGUUUUCGAAGGCGAAAGGGCCAUGACCAAGGAUAAUAAUAUCCUGGGUAAUUUCGAUUUGUGCGGCAUCCCGCCGGCGCCGCGCGGCGUCCCCAAGAUCGACGUGACCUUCGACCUGGACGCCAACGGCAUCCUGAACGUGUCGGCGCUGGAGAGCGGCACCGGCAAGUCGAAGAAGAUCACCAUCAAGAACGACAAGGGCCGGCUGUCGCAGAAGGACAUCGAACGGAUGCUGGCCGAGGCGGAGCGCUACAAGGACGAGGACGACAGGCAGAGGUCGCGCGUCGCCGCCCGGAACGGCCUGGAGAGCUACGCGUUCGGCGUGAGACAGGCGCUGGAGGACUGCGGGGGCAAGCUGAGCGCCGAGGAGCGCCGGAAGGUGCAGAACGAGUGCGAUAAUUGCAUGAGAUGGUUGGAUAAGAACUCUUCGGCGGAGCAGGACGAGUACGAGAAUAAAUUGAAGGAGAUGCAGAGGGUGUGUUCGCCGAUUAUGACGAAAUUGCAUAGGGGCGCAGGAGCUAAGGGAGGUUAUCAUAGCCACUCCGGGGACCAGGAGGGCCCCACUAUCGAGGAGGUUGAUUAAAACGGGGGAUUCGCCAGACUGUGGAGCGAAAACGCAUGAUAAAUCUGAACGCACGAGUGGAAAAUAUCAUUUUUUGUAAAAUUUUUUAGUGAAAUUCUUAGUGAACUACACUUAAAAUAGUGAGAAUAAAACGUUUGUUUCCGCUUUAGAUAAAACUUAAUAAAAAAAUGUUACCUUUUUUGCAAUUUUGUUAGCUCUGGUUUUUCUCACACUAAUCGAGGAUUUCUUGUUUUUGGAAAAUCUCGAUUUCGAACGCGCUUUUUCACCCAUACUCGAGCACUCGAUUAUAAAACUAACAAGCCAGAAAAAUAAUUAACAAUUUAUCUGUUGGAAGCUGGAAAUUCGAGACGCGCCUUUCACGCCUCAAAUCCAAUCGUGCAAUCAGUUAAUGCUCAUCCUAGUGCUGUUAAAAAUAUACAGAGUGUUGUACUAUCAACGUUGCAAUUUUUGC